AUGAAAGAUCUUGAAGGCAAGAUUGAGCAAGCUAAGAAAAUUACGCAAUUACCGAACUUUCAAAACAACACCUUCCGCAGAUUCUUAGAACAAGGCCAUUUUAACAACUUUAAUCUUAGCCAACAAUACCGCGAAGAACAGCGUGCUUAUAAAGCUAAGUCACGAUAUCAAGAAGAAAUAGAAGCAAUAAGAUCUAUACUUAAGGAGGAUCAUCUUCUAGUUCAAGAAUUACGGAGACAAUUGUCUUUGCUCAUGAGUAGUCAAGGAAGGUGGAAAGAUGCGGAAAGGCUGCAAGCUCAACUAAUAGAACUUGAUGAAAAAGAAACGAAUGAAGAUCAGUAUAGAAUACGCUUUACCUCGUUCUUGGUAAUAACAUAUGCGAGCCAAGGACGGUGGGAGAAGACUAAAGAGUUGCAAGUGCAAGUUCUAGAGACGAGAAAAAGACUACUCGAGACGGAACAUCCAAACACGUUAACCAGCAAGAAUGAUCUAGCAUUGAUCCAUUGGAAUCGGGGACGAUGGAAAGAAGCCGAAGAGUUGGAAGUACAAGUCAUGGAAACGAGAAAGAAGGUAUUUGGGGCGGACCAUCCAAACACGUUGAACAGUAUAAGAAAUCUAGCAUCGACAUAUUGGAAUCAAGGACGAUUAAAAGAAGCCGAAGAGCUGGAAGUGCAAGUCAUGGAGACGACAAAGAGGGUACUUAGGGCGGAACAUCCAGAAACGCUAACAAGCAUACAUAAUUUAGCAACGACAUACUGGUAUCAAGGACGGAGGAAAGAGGCCGAAGAAAUGCAAGUGCAAGUUACGGAGGCGAAAAAGAGGGUACUCGGAUUAGAGCAUCCAAGUACGUUGGCUAGUAUAAAUAAUCUGGCGAUGAUCUACUGGGAUCAAGAGCGGUGA